CACGACCCUCCCUGCACGAGUCGGAGCCGUCGGGCCGGGGCGCCGCCACUGCGGCCGCGGGUGUCGGCGGCGAUGGUGUCGGCCGCGGCCUCUGCUGGCCGCCUGGGCUCCGCGCUGCCCUUCCUGCUGGUGCUCUUCGACCUGCAGUAUCAGGGAGCUGAGUGUGGAAUAAAUGCCGAAGUAGAAAAGCAGCUUGAAAUGGGAAAGAAGUUAUUGGCUGCUGGACAACUGGCAGAUGCUCUGUCUCAUUUUCAUGCAGCUAUAGAGGGAGACUCUGAUAACUACAUUGCUUAUUACAGAAGAGCCACAGUGUACUUAGCCAUGGGCAAAUCUAAAGCAGCAAUUCGUGAUUUAAGUAAAGUGGUUGAAUUAAAGCAAGACUUCACAUCCGCAAGAUUACAGAGGGGACAGCUACUGCUCAAGCAAGGAAAAUUUGAUGAAGCAGAAGAUGACUUUAAAAAUGUGCUCAAAUCCAAUCCCAGCAAUAAUGAGGAAAGAGAAGCCCAAACUCAGCUGACGAAAUCCGAUGAGCUUCAGCGCCUGUAUUCACAAGCAUUGUCUGCAUACCAGCAAGAGGAUUAUGAAGCUGCAAUUCCUCUUCUUGAUGAAAUCUUGGCAGUUUGUGUUUGGGAUGCAGACCUACGAGAACUUCGAGCUGAGUGUUAUAUAAAGGAAGGGGAGCCAAGCAAAGCGAUUAGUGACUUGAAAGCUGCUGCCAAAUUAAAGAGUGAUAACACUGAAGCCUUCUAUAAAAUCAGCAGAAUAUAUUAUCAGCUGGGGGACCAUGAAUUAUCACUCAGUGAAGUCCGGGAGUGUCUGAAGCUUGACCAAGACCAUAAGCAAUGUUUCUCUCUUUAUAAACAAGUAAAGAAACUCAAUAAGCAGAUUGAGUCAGCAGAGGAAUUCAUCAGAGAAGGCAGAUACGAAGAUGCUAUCAGUAAAUACGACUCUGUAAUGAAAACUGAGCCAGAUGUCCCAGUUUAUGCUACUCGUGCCAAAGAAAGGAUCUGUCACUGUUUGUCAAAGAAUCAGCAGGCUACAGAAGCCAUAAAAGUUUGUACACAAGUUCUGCAACUGGAACCAACCAAUGUGAAUGCUCUGAAAGACAGAGCAGAAGCUUAUUUGCUGGAAGACCUUUAUGAAGAAGCUAUUAAAGACUACGAAACGGCUCAAGCCAAUAGUGAAAAUGACCAGCAGGUUCGAGAGGGGCUGGAAAGAGCUCAGAGGAUGUUGAAGCAAUCACAGAAGAGAGACUACUAUAAAAUUUUAGGAGUAAAAAGAAAUGCUAGAAAGCAAGAAAUCAUAAAAGCUUACAGAAAGCUGGCAUCCCAGUGGCACCCUGACAACUUCCAGAGUGAGGAAGAAAAGAAGAAAGCAGAGAAAAAGUUCAUUGAUAUAGCAGCUGCUAAGGAAGUCCUUACUGACCCAGAAAUGAGACGAAAGUUUGACGCAGGAGAGGACCCCCUGGAUGCAGAGAGUCAGCAGGGUGGGGGCAACCCCUUCCACAGGAACUGGAACACGUGGCAAGGAUUCAACCCCUUCGGUUCUGGAGGAGGACCAUUUACAUUCAAAUUUCACUUCAGUUAGAGCCAGGACUGUUCCAGGUGGCUGCUGCUGUUUUUUACUUAAUUUGUUCAAAAAAAUAAAAACUCUCUCAGUUCAAGACCCAAAAUCUUAAUUUCUAAUGUUGUCCUUAACCCAGUCUUACUGCACUAGAAGAAAGCUACUUCUUUCUUUUAGUAUUUGAAGCAAAUUCAUGGUGAGCUUGACAAGCUUAUACUGGUGGGGGGAGGUUGAAUGAAUAAGGGUUUUGUUACUGCCUAUGUAUUUGUUGUGGUUAUACAGGAGAUGUGUUUUUUCCAUCCAUAGGAAUAAACAAUAAAAGGCUAAUUAGGACAACACUUAAAUGCAGCUUUAGGACUCAAGUAUAUGCUUACAGGUAAAAAUGCAUGUAAAUAUUUUUUUGAGUCGGGGCCUAAUAAAUGUGGGAAGGGUAGUUACAGUAGUCUCUGCGUUAACAAAUUGUUUGUCACUGUGCUCAGCAGAAAGAUCCAUUUCUCAGUAUUCUGUAAAGGAAACCCUCGUGACCACCCGUUGUAUCACCGUGGCAGUGCCAUAGGGAGGGGGAGGAGGCUGCGCACUGGCUGAGCCCCAGCAAUCUCUUACAAGGAUCACUUUGUCAGGAAGGAUUUGGAAAAUGUCUGCUCACCCUUCUUCAUUAACCUGGGAUUAAUUGGGGUGAUUUUCUUGGCCGCUACUGUCAAAUAUGAAAGUUUAAAACAGAAAACAAAAA